UCAUAUGACAUACUUUUUAAAAAUGGUCUAGAAGAAACACAAUGAACUGCUUCAGCACACCAGUCUCAGACGAAAGAAAAAAGUAAAAAGGCCUGCAAUAUGAAAGUCACAUUCAUCAAAAUCUUAUUUUGGCCUUUCUCCAUGCUACUAUUAUCAGACAAAAGCCAGACUUCUAAAACAGAAGUCCAAUGUAAUUUCACUGAAAAGAAUUAUUCUUUGAUUCCAGCGGAUGUCAAUAAAAAUGUUACCAUACUUGAUCUCAGUUAUAACCAAAUUACUCUGAAUGCUACAGACACAAGGGUUCUGCAGACUUUUUUUUUACUCACUGAGCUCUAUCUGAUUGAGAACAAUGUCACUAUCUUACAUAAUAACAGUUUUGGUAACCUCUCCAAUCUAGGAAUUUUAAAUAUCUGUAGAAACUCCAUCUAUAUAAUUGAACAGGGUGCAUUUGUAGGCUUAAGUAAACUAAAACAGUUACAUCUCUGCCAAAACCAAAUAUUACAACUGAAUACUGAUAUUUUUGUGCCUCUAAGAAACCUGAAACUUCUGAAUCUGCAAGGCAAUUUGAUAAGCUAUUUUGAAAUACCCCAACUAUUUCAUCUGGAAUUAAUAAUUUUAUAUGCAAACCCAUGGAACUGCUCUUGCAGUCUGUUCAAUUUGCAGAACUGGUUGAACACAUCAAAUGUGACAUUAGAAAAUGAGAAUAUCACCAUGUGUAGGUACCCAGAUAUUCUGAAGAGCUACAAUAUCAAAACAGUACCUCAUAAGGCUGAAUGCGUCUCAAAAUUUCCUUCACCUACAACUGAAGAUCUUUAUAUUCACUUUCAGUCCAUUAGCAAUUCAACAUUUAACAGCUCUUUGAACAACUUAACAAAAAAUUCAGAACAUGAACCUCUUGGGAAAAGUUGGGCUUUUCUUGUUGGUGUUGUUGUCACUGUACUGAUGACUUCACUCCUCAUCUUUAUUGCUAUCAAAUGCCCAAUAUGGUAUAAUUUCCUGCUUAGUUACAAUCAUCAUCGCCUAGAAGAACAUGAAGUAGAAACCUAUGAAGAUAGUUUUCCUGGAAAUCCAAGUUCUCUUUCACAGAUACCAGCUACAAACUCUGAAGACACAGUAAUAUUUGAACAAUUACAUUCGUUUGUGGUGGAUGAUGAUGGGUUUAUUGAAGACAAAUAUAUAGAUACCCAUGAAUUAUGUGAAGCAAAUUAAUUUCUUUUGAUGUUUAAUUUAAAAAAUGUUAUCACUCUAUUCAUAGUUUAGACAUGGAGAUUCUCAUAUGUGACAUACCAAACUAUAGUUAGUAGACCUUCAUAUUAAUUACAACAUAUAUAAAUAUAAAAUUAUGUUUUUCUCAUUGUAUCGAGCCGGUCCAAAUACAGUAGCUGACAUUCCUUGGUAACUAACAGUUACAUAGUUAGUCCACAAUAUUAGCAUUACUAUUCUGAGCAGGAUUCAGGAAACCAUAUAGACUAGUAAGAAGAAGGUCUACAGUAAAUUAUUCAUUAAUUAAAAUGAACGGAUUCUCAUAUUAACACAGAUAUUUGAUAUGAUAUGUAUUAAGUUAUACUGAAGUUCCAUACAAUAAAGAAAUAAAGGUUUUGGAUUUAUAUUAUGAAUCAAAGUGAGGAACAGAGCCUAAACAAUAUAUUAAGAUUGAUUUUAUGCUCACAGAGUGAAUCCAUAGAGUUGGAAAAUAUGUUUUUAAAUGCUUCCUGAAUUUGAAAAAUAAAUUUUGUUAAAGUUUAGUAGCAAUUUAAAGCACAGGCACAAUGUUGAGGCAUAAUCCCUAGUAAGUUACUACUGAUUUUGGUUAUAAAGAAAGGCUAUCGUCAUAAUGUAGGAUGGCCACAAUUUAAUACCAUGGCAUCUUCCAAAGUGGGCAUCACAAUUAUCUGUGAAUCUUGUUUUUAAAAAUAUACAUUUCUGCCUCUCUUUGGGAGAUUUUUAUUCAAAUGGGUCUGUGCUGGGGCUGAGGAAUCUUCAGGUGGUCCACAGACAGCUGUUUGUAUCUACCCAGCAGAUAGAAUAAUGUUUCCCAAAUUAUUUUCUAGAAUACUAAUUUCCAGAAAGACAUUCAGAAGUAUUUACAGGAAAAGAAAAAGGUACAUCGUCAAAUUACUAUAGGAAACACUGGGUUUAAACAAAGCGAAACAAGAUUUUUUACUACAGGACUUAUCUAAGACUUUAGUAAACUGCUCUCUGAUUAUUCAAGAGCAAAGUAUUAAGAAUUUUCAAACUGACUGGACAACAAAACCCAUUCCUUGAGGUACAUCUACUAAGAGCUCAUAGCACAAUCAUAGUCCAAACAACACAGUUUGGAAAACACUGGCCUGGAGAAUGUAAUAAGAAAGGUCUUAUUAUUAAUAGGAAAUGAAUUAUUUGUCUAUUCCUUAUAGUCAGUUGGCUACAAUUAUAAUUUUAACAACUUAUUAAUGCAAACAAUGGCAUUAAAAACUAUAGAAAACUCUGUAAUUUUUACCUUCCAUAGGUGGGGAAAUUAAGUGUAUUUAUAUCUUUCAGAGAGAAGUAUAUUUACAAAACACUGAAAUAUAUUUAUGGAUGAAAUAAUAUUUCUGGGAUUUUCUUCAACAUAACACAUGGGAAAAAACAGUGGCUUGAGGUGUGAUUGGAGCAGGGUUGGAUAUGAGCUGAUGGAGCUAGGAGAUGGGCACAUAGGGGUAUAACAUACUAUUUUUAUGUAUGUUCAAAUUUCUCUCUAAUAAAGUUUUUCAAAUGUGUAUAUACUUGAUAAUGUCUUAGAAAAAAGAGAUAAAAUCAUGUAUAUCUAUGUCAUAGUCUGCAGAAUAGUCAUUUUAAAAGUUACAUAAAUAGUAAAUUCAAUACAAAUGUCUACUUAGGGAAAAUAAAAACUGUUUAGGAUGAUAUACCUGUGAAAUAGAAGAACUGACUCAUUUAUAAUACCUAUUUGCUUGUAUUUAUAGAAAAAUUUUCAAUAAAGAACAUAAAUGUAUUAUGUCUAAUAUUUCUUAAUAUAUAU